UUGUAGCCACGCUGCUACUAUCUCGCUUUGUGAAACACUACGGACGCAAGACUGUUGCUGAGUAAACGAGUUCAGAAACAAUCCCAUCGUCAAGAGGCAGGCAACAGAGAAUAAUCUGCCAUUUACUGUAACGUUUAAAUGGAUUAUAAUAUGUGAAAGUGGAGACGUGAGGCUGACCUGAAUAUCAUGGAGGAGAGGACCAUAAAUGUUAAGGAGGAGGACUGUGAGUGGGAGAGUGUCCACCCCAAACAGGAGAGUCUGGACAUCAAGCAAGAGGACAGUGAACUGGGGUCAGUGAGUAUUAAAGAGGAGUGUGUCAGCACUGAGAUUCACAACUGUAUGAGUACUGAGAGUGACAAGAAAGAUGACCUUCAUUAUGGAGAUCAAGAUGGAGCAGUGACCGGAUUAGUCUGUUCUCAUAGAAGACACUCUUCAUCUCCGGAGUCUUCUAUCAAUGUAAAAUAUGAAUCAUUAGAGUCUGACACAAAGAUGACUGAAGGAAUAUCAUCUCCUAGAACUGUGGAAGGUCAGCUACCACCUAAGACGUCAUCUAAAACAAGAAUCAAACUUCACUGCUGUUCUGAAUGUGGCAAACAGUUUUCAAGAAGAUGUACUCUUCAAAGGCAUCAAAGAAUCCACACAGGAGAGAAGCCAUAUGACUGUUCUGAAUGUGGUAAAAAGUUUAUACAGAGAAGCUGUCUUCAGAUCCACCAAAGAAUCCACACAGGGGAGAAGCCGUAUUGCUGUUCUGAAUGUGGUAAAAAGUUUAAACAGAGAAGCUGUCUUCAGAUCCACCAAAGAAUCCACACAGGGGAGAAGCCGUAUUGCUGUUCUGAAUGUGGUAAAAAGUUUAAACAGAGAAGCUGUCUUCAGAUCCACCAAAGAAUCCACACAGGGGAGAAGCCGUAUGACUGUUCUGAUUGUGGAAAACAAUUCUCUUAUAGUAGUCAAUUUCAGAUACACAUUAAAACUCACUCAGGAGAGAAGCCGUAUUGCUGCUCUGAAUGUGGCAAAACGUUUUCACAGAAAAACAGUCUUCAGAGCCACCAAAGAAUUCACUCAGGAGAGAAGCCAUAUUGCUGUUCUGAAUGUGGCAAAAAGUUUUCACGGAAAAGCAGUCUUCAGAGCCACCAAAGAAUUCACACAGGGGAGAAGCCAUAUUGCUGUUCUGAAUGUGGUAAACAGUUUUCAGAAAGAAUCGCUUUUCAGCGCCACAGAAUAAUUCACACAGGACAGAAGCCAUAUUGCUGUUCUAAAUGUGGUAAACAGUUUUCACAUAGAACCAGUCUUCAGAGCCACCAAAGAAUUCACACAGGGGAGAAGCCGUAUUACUGUUCUGAAUGUGGUAAACUGUUUUCAGAUGGAAGCAGUUUUCAGCGCCACAAAAUAAUUCACACAGGAGAGAAGCCAUAUUGCUGUUUUGAAUGUGGCAAAAAAUUUUCAAAGAGAAGCAAUCUUAAGAGGCAUCAAAGAAUUCACACGAGAGAAAAAAAAUGACAAAAAACUCCUCCACCUUGCCCACAGAUGAUCACAGUACAAUGCUAAGCAAUAGAAGAAAGAAUUCAUAAAGUUUAAUGAAAACAAAAAAAGAUCUAAUUGGGGAAGCUACAAGUAAAGUGGUAAAUACACUGGCCACCUCCAACAGCCUGAUGUGGAAACAGAUCUUACUCAUGCAUAGCUUAUGAGGGGCGAACUAAGACCAACAGAUGUACGCCUCAUCAUAGGUGCACAAAACAGUGUCUUGGACACAAAGUGGUUCAGAUCAAAAAUAGAAAAAAAUAAAUAAAUAUCCCAUAAUUGUCCCUUCUGUCACAAAGAGCUAGACACAGUCACACAUCUUGUUGCUGGGUGCGAGGUACUGAUUGCUGAAGGAUUUUACACUGCACAACACCACAAAGUGGCCAGGCUCAUUCACUGAAAACUUGGUAAGAAGUACAACUUACCCUCACCAGAAAGACACUGGGACCACAACUCAGACCGCACAAUGGACAAUGAGGAGGUGCAGGUCACUUGUAGCACAGCAAUACUGACUGACUGAACAAUAGAGGCCAGAAAACCAGAUGUAAGAAAUCCUGGAUAACAGAAGUAUUAGCUCCUAGUGAUUACUCAGUCCUAAGAAUGGACAGGCAAGAAAGAAACAAAAUACCAAGAAAUGCAGUCUGAGAUAUGACAAAUGAAA